AUGGCGAACGUUGAAGACAUUUCGUACGUGACCGAGGGACGUGGCAGGGAGGCCCACGUGAACAACAAGAAGAAGAGGGACCACAACAAGGCUCGUGGGGAGAGUACCAGUACCGAGGCCGUGCUAACGGAUCAUGGCGAAAGACUCGAGAGGCUCGAGAAUAACAUCGCCAUAGCGGAGCUUAGCGAAAGAUUCGAGAAGCUCGAGCACGAUACGGGAGUGUUGGAGAAUCACGUCGCCGAGCAACUCGAUUUGUCUAGGGACAAUGAGGCGUUGCGGGAGGAACGGUUGGAUCGAUUGGAGGCCAUCAUCCAAUCCCUCCAAGAGAGCAUCGAGGGGAUGCGCGACGACUUGGCCUUGUGCAAAAAGGCCGCCGCUAACGGUAGCGUUGGCGCUACUUCGAGUCCAAGGGUGGACUGCCCGAAGCCAACGGGAUUCAACGGCGUAAGGGACGCCAAGGAAGUUGAGAACUUCCUAUGGAGGAUGGAGCAAUACUUCGAGGGUAUCGGUCUAGUCGACGAGACGACUAAGGUAAGAACUUCUUCCCUUUACCUUUCCGAUACGGCAAUGUUGUGGUGGCGUAGGAAGCACGCCGAUAUCGAGAAAGGCAUUUGCCGAAUCGAUACUUGGGAGGAGUUCAAGAGGGAACUCAAGCGACACUUCUACCCGGAGAACGUCGUUUAUGAGGCUCGAAGGAGGUUGAGGGAACUCAAGCAACGAAGUUCAAUCCGCGAGUACGUGACGGAGUUCACCACCCUCACCCUUCAAAUUCCCAACCUUUCCGAGGAGGAUCUCCUUUUCCACUUCACCGAUGGGUUACAAGGCUGGGUCAAGCAAGAACUCCACCGACGAGACAUCAAAUCUGUCGAUGAAGCUAUUGCCGCCGCCGAGUCUUUAACCGAGUAUCAACCGAGAGAGCCGUUGCGAAAAGAGAAGUGGAGUCCGACUAAAGGCGGAGGAGAGAGACGGGACAAUCAUGGUCGGGACCAUCGAGAUAACCGAGACCCACGGCGAGCGUCAACCUCGAGGGGAGGAGACAAGCCAUCCUCACGCCAACAACUUGAAGAGAAGAAGAAGUCGUUUGUGCCUAAGGGAGGAUGCUUCGUGUGCAAGGGGCCACACGCGAUGAGUCAAUGUCCCAAGAUGGGGUCAUUGUCGGCACUCUUACAACAAGAGACCGAACAAGACACAAACGAGGAGCUAGGCAACAUGGGAUCGCUCCAACUUCUUAAUGCCUUAAAGGCAAACCCGAUGCCGGCCACAUCAAGCAAGGGGCUGAUGUAUGUGGAGGCGCGCAUCAACGAUACCCCAGCAAAGGUGAUGGUGGACACGGGAGCGACCCACAACUUCAUCACCGAAGACGAGGCCAAGAGGGUUGGCCUACGGUGGACUAGACGAGACGGUUGGCUCAAGGCCGUUAACGCCAAGGCACAACCGCUCAACGGUGUAGCACGAGACGCGGAGCUACACUUAGGCACUUGGAAGGGCCAAGUGGAUUUUUCGGUAGCACCAAUGGAUGAUUUCAAGGUGGUGCUAGGCAUGGACUUCUUCCGCAAGGUAAUGGCUAUCCCAAUGCCUUGUUUCAAUUCGGUUUGCAUUUUAGAGAAGGGGACACCUUGCAUGGUGCCGGCCAUCAACGGCACCACUAAGGAAGAAAGCACACAACCAAGGCAACUGUCGGCCAUGCAAGUUGCCAAGAGAGUUCGACGGGGCGAGCCGACAUUCUUAACCACUUUAAAGGAGGAAAGCCCGCCCGUGAACAAAGAGGAGGACGCGCCACCGAUCAUCCAAACCGUCUUGGAGGCCAACCAAGACGUGAUGCCACCAAAUUUACCCAACAAGCUUCCACCUAGGAGGGAGGUGGACCACGCCACCGAGUUGGUCGAGACGGGGGAGAUCCGACCAUCGAAGGCAAGCGUUGUAGCUGACGCAUUGAGUAGAAAGGCCGAACUCGCAGCCAUUAGCUCGACAAGGGGGAACUUGGCCGACAUGAUCUGA